CCACCAGGUCCACCACCACCUGCACCCCUCUCCCCCCGACCCCAUCCACCCACCAAACCACCCAGGUCCACCAUUUCUCUGACCUUCAAUCGCGUACCCCUUUAUCCAAUUCACACACACACACACUACACAUACAACACCCGGUCAGAACACACACAUAAUUCACACACACACACACACUACACAUACAACACCCAGUCAAGAACACACACAUAAUUCACACACUGAAGCCCGACCGCUUCUGCUAUAAACUGGAAGCGAAUAAAUCACCACCCACAACGCAUGAAUUUUAGGGGAAUUUAAUUAAGAUUUAAGUCCUAUUCAAGUCACAUUGGCAGGCAGUGGAAUCUGGUGUGAAGAGCAUGGGGAGUGGGGUAGAGAUGAGGAAGAACCAGACUUUGAUAUGUGCACCACUAAUGGCCGACUCGGUGGAUCAAGUGGUGGUGUUGAUGCACACUGCAAAGUUAAAGGGAGCUGAUAUCGUGGAAAUUAGGUUGGAUCACUUGAAGAGCUUUAAUGGUCGUGCCGAUAUUGAGAAGUUAAUUAGAGAGUGCCCGUUGCCCACUCUCUUUACUUACAGACCUAUUUGGGAAGGUGGUCAGUACGAUGGUGAUGAAAAUAGUCGCUUCAAUGCACUUCGACUAGCCAUGGAGUUGGGAGCUGAUCACAUUGACAUUGAGCUCAAGGCUGCUCAUGAAUUCAACAAUUUUAUUCGUGGAAACAAGCCCGAAAAGUGCAAAGUUAUAGUUUCUUCACACAAUUAUGACAAUACUCCUUCGGCUGAGGAUCUGGGAAACCUUGUUGCCAGAAUACAAGCAGCUGGAGCAGACAUAGUUAAAUUUGCUACAACAGCAUUAGACAUCACAGAUGUAGUGAGAGUUUUUCAGAUAAUGGUUCAUUCCCAAUAUAUUAAUCUUCAGAUACCAAUUAUUGCCAUGGUUAUGGGAGAGAGAGGAUUGAUAUCGAGGAUACUAUGUCCUAAAUUUGGUGGAUACCUCACAUUCGGUACUCUGGAACCAGGGAAGGUGUCUGCUCCUGGGCAGCCGACAAUUGACGAGUUGGUUAACAUUUUCAAUCUUAGAUUGAUUGAUACUGAUACAAGGGUAUUUGGUAUCAUUGGGAAGCCAGUCAGUCACAGUAAAUCACCCAAAUUAUACAAUGCAGCUUUCAAAGCAGCUGGCUUCAAUGGAGUAUAUGUACAUUUGUUGGUCGAUGACGUUCCAAAAUUCUUUGAGACCUAUUCCUCCACAGAUUUUUCUGGUUUCAGCAUUACCAUUCCUCAUAAGGAAGUGGCUCUUGCCCUUUGUGAUGAAGUUGAUCCCACUGCCAAGGCAAUAGGGGCGGUAAAUUGCGUCAUCAGGCGACCAACUGAUGGACAUCUGUUCGGUUGUAAUACUGACUACAUUGGUGCAAUUUCUGCAAUUGAAGAUGGCCUACUAGGUUCACAUCAUGGACCCACUGGUGCUGGGUCACCCUUGGCUGGUAAACUGUUUGUUGUCAUUGGUGCUGGUGGUGCAGGAAAGGCACUUGCUUAUGGCGCAAAAAGAAAGGGAGCAAAAGUUGUGAUUGCUAACCGUACCUAUGAUCGAGCUAGAGAACUUGCUGAGAUUGUUGGAGGGCAGGCUUUGUCUCUUGCUGAGCUAGGUGAUUUCCAUCCAGAGUCCGGAAUGAUACUUGCAAACACAACUUCUAUUGGGAUGCAACCGAAGGUUGAAGAGACGCCUGUUCCCAAGGAAGCCUUGAGACAUUACAAGCUCGUUUUUGAUGCUGUUUACACUCCCAAAAUCACCCGACUCUUGCGGGAAGCUGAAGAAAUGGGAGCCAAAAUCGUCACAGGAGUCGAGAUGUUCAUCGGACAGGCAUACGAACAAUAUGAAAGGUUUACUGGUUUGCCAGCUCCGAAGCAACUAUUUAAGGACAUUGUGAAUUGACGACAAGGCUUCCUUUGCUCCUCCUGUUAAUUAUUCCACAUCGAGAGCAAAUCAUUUCUUUGGAGGCUCACAAAUUCAAUGAUUUUCCUCCAAGAGACUAUACGUCGGUCGUCUAAUGUAAUGUAUCCGGUCGGAACUGAAUUUGUCGAUCGACUUCAAGUAAGGCUCUUUUUGUUGUAUCAUCAUUCUUUUUGUUCUUCCACCCACGGAACAUGGAUUGUAACAUGAACAUUAGUGAUUAUAUCAUGAGCUUUGGUUUUGAGUAUGAAACAUCAUACUUGAGUUUAAUUUGAUUGUCCAUGGAAUCGAGUUCGAAUUGAGUCAAAUACGAAUUGAGUCGGAGUUA